GGCAUUGCGGUGCCAACAGCCGUGCGGGGCCCACCUCGUUCGUGAGCCGUGCCAUAAUUACAUGUGGAGAAUACAUUGCUGACGGCGCUUUGAACUGGCCAGCCACACAUCGGCUUGGAGGGGCCGGCGGGCAAGCGGGGUCGCGUGCAUGCCCACGAAGUAUUCUUCUUGGCGAUUGGUCACGGCGAGCUGGAUGGUCAUUCCCACCCUCAUCUUAGGGUCUGGAUGCCCUGUUGCUGGUGUAUUGACAGCGCGGGCGCCAACCGCAGCUGUCUCGCCUGCAAAAUUUUGGGUGCGCAGCAUGCGCACCGCGCGCAGGCUUCCUUCCCAAAGGCGCGCGCAUAACAUGAUGCGAGGCUAUUUACUUGCGCACCCAUGACAUAAAUAAACCUUAAAGGCUCCUGGAUGGCCACGACAAAUGGCCACACAGACGAGAACAACGACAAAAACGACGACCAGCACGAAAGGCUUCGCACAGUAUGAGCAAUGUGCUGAUGCUGCUCAGAAGAAGGCGGAAGACGACAGGUCAAGGCGAGAGGCUGUCGCAAAUUCUGGCAAUUUGGUUCUGCUCUACUUCUUGCGUGAGGUGCAGCGCGAUGUGGAGGGCCGCGAGGGGGCCACCAAUUGGCUGCACGGCCUCCGCAAUGCGGUUCGCAGCGUGCAGGAUGCGCCGCUGCGCAUCCGCACCAGGGACCAGCUGAAGGCGCUACGGGGCGUGGGCGACUUCACGGCCCGGAUGGUCGACCAGGCUCUGUGGAAGAAGUACCCACCCGGGGAGCCCGACUCUGACGAGGAGCAGAUCGAGCGCGAGUACCAACGAAACCAGGAGACAGCAGGGGCGGCGGCAGCGGGCGGCGCCGGCAGCGGCAGGGGCGGCGGGCGCGGCGGCGGCCGCGGCCGCGGCCGAAAGGGAGUGGCGGCAGCACUAGAGACUGGCAUUGGCCCGCACGACAUCCCCUUUGGUGACACACUUUUGGUCAACACGGCCCCGCUGGGUGGAGAUGAUGACGCGGCGGGCGGUGGGCGCGGCCGGGGACGGGGUCGAGGUCGAGGCCGCGGCCGCGGUCGGGCGGCGGCGGCAGCUGGCUGCGGCCGGGGGCGCGGCGGCGCGCGCAAGCGGGCCCGCGGUGGCCCGGACGGUGAUGAUGACGACGACGGCUCGGCAGACGACGCAGGGCCCAGUGGCAGGGGCGGCUUUGGCGGUGACAAUUUGUUUGGGGGCCUGGCCGGGGGGCUUGCUGGAGGGCUGGGUGGUUUGGGUGGCCUGGGCGGCUUGGGCGCUGGAGGCAUGGGCGGCGCUGCUGGUGGUGGGGCGUACGGCGGCGGUGGUGGGGCGUACGGCGGCGGUGGGGCAUACGGUGGCGGUGGAGGUGCCUACGGAGACGAUGACGACGGUGGAGGCGCCUAUGGCGGCGGCAGUGGUGCUUACGGCGGUGGUGCUCAUGGCGGCGGGACGCAGGCCGCGGCGGCAGCUGCUGCAGCGGCGGCGCCGCCACCGCGCAAGAAGGCACGCAGGGCGAGUGGCGCUGACGACGGCGAGGGCGGCGGCGGCCGCGGCAAGAAGGACUAUGUUCCCAGGCCCGGCACCGCCAAUUACGCCUUCCUGGUCCUCAUGUACAUGGCCAAGAAGCGCGACGGCACCACUCACUGGACCAAGGAGGACCUCAUGGCGGCGGCGCAGGCGAGCGGCCUGGCGGAAAAGGACAUCCGCGGCACCAAGGACCUGUCCGCGCCGGGAGGAGGCGCCAACCCAGCCAACUUCUAUGACGGCUUCUCCUGCUUCAGGGGCAUGAUCUCCAAGGACCCGCAGCUGGUGCUGGAGCGCACCAAGACCAAGGGCGUGCGCGGCAAGGACUACUCGCUCACCAACGCCGGCUGGGCUCUGGCGGCGCGAGUGUACAAGUCCGCCGUCAGGUACCGGGAGGUCCAGCCGCUGCCGGGCCUGACCGAGGCGGCUGUGCACUCCGACAUCACCACCUACUGCAGCCUGGAGGGGCUGCCGCUGCUGCUGGAGGCAUACCCCGCCGGCACGCCCAAGUCCAACAGGGGUCGGGCGUACACGGGUUUCGUGCCGCCGCCGCGGUCGGACAACGGCGGCGGCGGCGCAGGCUGUGGCGGCGAUGACCCCGCCUCACCUGCGGCCGCGGCAGCAGCAGGGGCUGCGGGGGCCGCGGGGCCAUCGGGCCGCGGCGCGGCGGGGGCAUCGGGAGGGGGGGCGAGCGGGCGGCGGCGCAAGCCCAGUACAGCAAGAGCCGGCAGUGGCGGCAGUGGCGGCGGCGGCCUAGGAAGCCAAGGCCAAGGUACCGCUGGAGGCGGUUACGGUGGUUACGGUGGUUACGAUGACGGUGACAUUGUGGAUGUGGAUGACGGUAUUGAGGACCUGGUCGGCAGUCAGAACAUGUGGGGCGGCAGCCAGCUGCAGCGGCAGCAAGGAGCGGGCGCAAGCCAGCAGCAGUGGAGUCAGCACGCAGCAGGCGCAAGCCAGCGGCACGCAACAGGAGCGGCGGCGGCGGCGGCAACAACAGGCGCAGGGGGGACUGGGGCUGGGGCUGGGGGAUGGCCAAGCGCCGACUACGGCAGUGGUGGCAGCCAGGCGCAUGGGCACAGUACACAUGACAUGGCUGGCGCUGGCCCAGGUGCACAGCCGCCGCGCCGGCUGUCUGCCGCAGCCGAGGCCGCCGCCCGGGCAGCGGAGGCGCGGGCCGCCGCCGCGGCGCCCCGGCCGGCGCCGCCCCCAAUGAUGCCAGCAGCGGCAGCAACGGUGGCGGCGGCGGCGGUGGCGGCGCCAGCGCCGCCGCCGCCACAGCGCGCGCGGCACCAAGAGCCCGAGGUUGUGGACCUGCUAGACAGCAGCGAUGGAGAGGAGGCGGAGGACGCAUACGCCCGACCGCCGGCGGCCAAGGCGGCGCGCACGCGCCUGGGGCCCGCCGGCGGCCACAACCUCAACAUCAACGCCCAGCCCACUGCCGCGCCGCCAGCAGCUGCCGCCGCCGCCGCCGCUGGAGCAGUCGGAGCCGGAGUCGGAGUUGGAGCUGGAGCGGGUACCGCGGGCACAGCGGGGCUGUCGCUUGCGGAGCGGCUGUCGCAGCGGCUGGACCCGACAUUGCUGCCUCCUGCAGCGGCCAUGGUGGCGCCGGCCGCUGCCGCUUGUGCUGCACGCACUGCCGGUGCCGCCGCGGCUGUGGCUGCGGCUGCGGCUGCGGCUGCGGGGCGGGCGCCUGUGGACGCGGCUGUGCUUCGGCGGCUGGUGGACGACAUCGGGCACGACGAGCAAAUGGCGCGCAAGGCGCUCCGGCGCACCGGCGGCGACUACAAGGCCGCCCUGAACCUGCUGGACUUCGGCCGCCUCAGUCCCGCCAUUGAAAGGACUUUGUCGUCAGACCAUGAAGCGGCAGCAGCCGGCGGGCAUGGAACCGGCGCCGGCGGCGGGGACGCGGGCUUGGGUGCAGACUUUGGAUUCUACGGCGGCGUGGGUGCGGGCACAGGGGUGGCGGCGGGCACGGGUCCGUCGUUGCAGCAGCUGGCGCAGGAGCGGCGGCAGCGGUUGUUGGAGCGCAGCGGCAGUGGAGCAGCGGCAGGGCCCGGCGGUGUGGGUGUGGCGGCGGCGGCGGCGCAAGGUUUUCCGGGGCGAGGGCACGGCGACGUGGCGCGGGUGGGGUCUGCAGGGCUGGGCAGUGAGAACGGCGCUGGAGGCAGCGGCCGCCUCGGCCACCUACUGGGUACCGGCAGCGGCGGCGGCAGUGGCGAAGUGCUGCCAGGCGGCGCGACGAGUGCAGUGGGCGUGGUGGGUAAGCCUCCGCUGCCGCUGCUGGUAGACCUGACUGCAGCGGCAGGCGCAGCAGCAGCGGCGGCGGGCGGAGCAGGGCGAGGCGGGGCCAAGCGACCGCCGGCGCCCUCGGUGGCCCCGGCGGCCGGUGCCGGUGUCGCGGGAGGCGGCUUCGGCUCCCAACCCGAUGACGCGGUGGUGGCGGGCGCCGUCCUGGGCGGCUCUCAGCGGCUGCAGGACUCGCAGGGAGGGCUGGGGUCGCAAGGACUCGGCAGCUCGCAGCGAGCGGGUGCGGAGGGGCUAGGGUCUCAGGGUUUGGGCGGCUCGCAGCGUGCGGGGUCGCAAGGGCUGGGGUCUCAGGGGCUGGGGUCUCAAUUUCUGGGGUCUCAGGGCUCGGACCUGCUCCGAGCCGGCUCAGGCAUGGGCUCGCAGCGCGCGGGCUCACAAGACUCCGAGGGCGGCGGCGACGGCGACGACAGCAAAACGCUGCUGAGCUAUGAGUGGGCGCUGCCGCGGCUGUGUGAGGUCCCGGCGGUGCAUGGCGAGCUGGCGGUGCGCCUGCCGCCGCUGGCGCCGGGGCAGCGCUUCGAGGACGUCUACGAGGUGGUGCUGGUGGUGGACCAGCGCGAGAAGGACCGGAUGGUGGAGGCCGUGCGGCGGGUGGCGGCGGGGCAGGGGCUGCGGGUGGCGGCGGGCGUGACGCUGGGCGUGGGCGACUUCCUGUGGGUGGCGGCGCGGCGGGGGUCGCGGCUGGACCAGCGGUCCGAGUGGUACGUGCUGGACGCGGUGUGUGAGCGCAAGAAGGCGGCGGACCUGCUGGCCAGUGUGCAGGACCGGCGCUACGGGCAGCAGAAGUGGCGGCUGCAGCGCUGUGGGCUGCGGCGGCUCUACUACCUGCUGGAGGAGCCAAUCGAGCAGGAGGGAUUUACAACCACGGAGCAGCGCACCAUGCGCACCUCCAUCCAGUCGGCACUGCUGCAGGGCUUCACAGUGCUGCGCACCCGCAACGCCGACGACACCGCGCGGCAGCUGGCGGCGCUCACGCGCGCGCUGGAGCGGCAGUGCCGCGCCCGCUCCGCGGCGCUGCUCGCCGCGCAGCGGCAACGGCAGGGCGCGGCAGUAGCCGCAGGAGGAGCAGCACGAGGAGCAGCAGGGGCAGGAGGAGCAGGAGCAGGGGCGGUGGAGGAGGCUGACGCGGAUGACCCGCUGCCCACGUACGAGGCGUGGGAGGAGGGGCUGAAGAGCACCGCCGCCGACAUGAAGGUGGCGGCCAUGUGGGGGCUCAUGCUCACAGCUGUGCCGGGCAUGGGCGACGUCGCUGUGGGCAAGGUGCUUGCGCGCUACAGCAGCCCCGCACAGCUGUGGGAGUCGUACAAGGCCGCCAUGCGGGCGGCGGCGGCGGCGGGGUCGGACCCGGGGGCCGCGGCGGAGCAGCUGCUGGUGCCCGAGGUGGGCGCCCGCCUCAGCGGCCAGCUCUACCGCCUGCUGUUCAAGAAGGGCGUGCCGCCGGAGCAGGUGGCGGCGGCAGGCGGCGGCGGCGGCGGCGCCGGGCGGUGAUGGGGCGGUGGAUCGGCGGGGUCUGUGCACUGAGAGGAUGCGGCGGCGUAGGUUUCUACCGUAUUUGUGGGAGCAGGGCACAUGCGUCAGGGUGCGUGCCGGCAUGAUUGCAGGUGCUUGCAGUGCCACAUCCCGCGCAUGCACGCAGCACAAGCCAAAUAUCGCCUGCCGUACCCCUACGGCUACCCGGGGCUGGAUGGGGCGCGUCAUGCUUGUGCCAGCACAUGCAUGCUCACGGAAUGGCAUGUUUGAGGUGUCCACGCACGUGACGACAUACCGAGGCAAUCGGGUGUUUGGUUAAUUAGCGACUCAUCUACACAUGCUGUUCCAAAGUGUGCCUCCUGGCGUGUUUUUGGGGUCUGGCAUGCGCCCCAGCCCGCCUUCAAGGCUGGAACCAAGUGUAACUGACUCUUUGCGCCCUGACACGCAACCCAGCGGCGCGCCAUUAAAUUUUGAGAGCGUUUGCUGUGAGAAAACGCUGGUCAAAGCAGAUGCACUUUGUGGGGUGGGUGAACGAAACGCGUUGACUCUUAUGUUGAAUAAUAGCCAGCUCGCCCAGCACCUUUACUUUUUUGCAAGCGCCAAGAUCGGCCGAAGGGAUGCACAGCGCGGGACCAGUUCGCCCAUUGUGCAACCUCUCCAAGGCGCCUAUGCGUGAUGCAUCGUAUAUAAUGGAUAGAUCAGGAUGAUCUGUAUUCUAUACGCGCGCACGGCUCCCCUGAAGCGCAGCGAGCGAGCCAAAUGCACCACUAGCAAGCUUGCCCGCGGACGCGACUUACUGUGCAUUGCUGAGAUCAUCGGAUGUAUUGAAUAAGGAUCUAUUUGUAGAACUAAUUAUGUGCGCACAGUGCUCCCUGCUGACUGAUUGACUUACAAUUUCAGACAUCCUUAAUCGCUCAACCUUUGCGGUUUGGCAUUCGUCAUAAUAUAUUUGGAAGCUCUCUAUGUUGCUGGUGUGCUGGCCGCGGCCUAUUCGCCCCAAACGUGCCUGACCGCCGCGCGCGCCUGACCGCUUCGCCGUCCGUUCACGCGCGAGCGCCCUGCUGUAUGGGGGGGGGGGGGGGGGAGAGCGCCCCCCGAAACCCCCGUGGCCCCUCCCUUUGGCGUAGGAACACCGCCCGUGCUUAUAUGCUGGUGCCUACACUACCGUGCGAUGCUUGCAUCCCGUGCGGGGGGAGGGAGUGCCCCUCCCCCCGCCAAUGCCCCCCCCCUCCCCAUCGGCGCAAAUAAACUUCCGCGAAGAUGAGUGGCCAGGGGCUGAGUUGUCGUGGCAUAGCUCUUGCGGGCCCAUUUGACAUUUGGGACAGAGGCGUUUGGGGAUGCAGACAUUCCCAUUCAUGCAUGCAUCUCCCAACCUGUGGGACAAUACGGAAUGCAGGAUACGCACUGAUGCACAACACAUUGCCGGCGGGCAGACCCUUGAAUCGAAUAUUGAAGUCUAGAGAGUGAGGUACUUUGAUCUCCUUAGGGGGGUUUCACAUGUGACAACCCGGUUUCGGUGAAUCCACCUGGCUUCGGCGAAGCCAGGGGCGAAUCCGAUU